ACUGGGCCCGGGCGCGCGGCGGCACAGGCUUUGUGUGUGUGUGUGUGUGUGUGUGCGCGUGUGUGUGUGUGUGUGUGUGUGUGAGUGCGUGUGUGAGUGCGUGUGUGUGUGAGUGUCUGUGUGUGUGAGUGAGUGAGCGGGCGGGCGGGCGCGAGUGUGGCCGCCGCGGAGCGCGAGCAGGACCCGGCGGGCGCGCUCCCCAGCCUCUCUGUCCCCGCCAGAACCAUGUCGGGCAGGUCGGUUCGAGCCGAGACCAGGAGCCGGGCCAAAGAUGAUAUCAAGAGGGUCAUGGCGGCUAUCGAGAAAGUGCGCAAAUGGGAGAAAAAGUGGGUGACCGUUGGUGACACGUCCCUACGAAUCUACAAGUGGGUCCCUGUGACAGAGCCAAAGGUCGACGAUAAAAACAAGAAUAAGAAAAAAGGCAAAGAUGAGAAGUGCGGCUCAGAGGUGACCACUCCAGAGAACAGCUCCUCCCCAGGGAUGAUGGACAUGCAUGACGAUAACAGCAACCAAAGCUCCAUAGCCGACGCCUCCCCCAUCAAGCAGGAGAACAGCAGCAACUCAAGCCCUGCUCCAGAGCCCACUGCAGCCGUGCCGGGCGACGGCACCGAAGCCAAGGUGGACGAGGCCCCGGCCGAUGGGAAGGGGCACCCCGGGGCUGAAGACGCUUCUGACGAGCAGAAUUCACAGUCCUCGAUGGAACACUCGAUGAACAGUUCAGAGAAAGUGGAACGGCAGCCAUCUGGAGACUCGGGGCUGGCCGCGGAGACGUCAGCAAUCUCUCAGGAUUUGGAAGGAGUGCCGCCCUCUAAAAAGAUGAAACUGGAGGCCUCUCAACAAAACUCCGAAGAGAUGUAGACAAUAAGUGGAAUCCUCCAGUCCAUGUUUCAUGGAAGGUACAUCAGCAAUUAAUUCUAGAACAACUUUGCCCGAGCGACUCCUCUUGGGUGCGAACAGAACUACUAACGUUUCAAGUUUACCAAGUGCAAAUCCAAGAAAACCUAGAACGGCGUAACUUUUCAGACACUGAAGAACUCUGCUGUGAGGCGAAACACUCGAACCUUUAAGCGACUGUCCUUGGGGAGGCGGGUCGGCAGCCCGGGAGCGUCUGCGCACUGUCUCGGAAGCCGAGAUUACGUUUGUGUUGCUGCUGUGUUUUUUUUCCACUUCUCUAUUUAACGAUAUAAGCUGUUUGAGGGUGGUACUGAUCAGGAAUUCGCUUUUCGUCGGGGCUUUUCACACUGUUCAACCGAUUCCUUCUGCUUUCUGUUUUUGUGCCUUGUGCCCUUGAGGUGACCUCUGGCAUGUUUCCUGGUUGUUUUGCAUCUUCCUUUGCAAAGUGCCCUCUUGGUUCGUUGGGGCGGCAGCUGCCACCGCGCUCACCUCUCUCCUCCGUGCCCUAGGACUUUAUCAGGGCAGGCAGGGCGGAGCGGGGAGCUCCUCAGCCCACCUGAUUUCCAGGUGCAGGGGGCUCCGGCCCCCCCUUGAGCCCUGGGUGGGGUCCGCACCGGCCUCCAGGGCCCGAGGAGUCGCAGGUGUGGGGCAUGGUCCCCAAGGGCUGGCCUCAGUCCAGACCGGGCACUCAGUAUGCUCUCACUUCCUCAGGGCCUUUGAGGCUGGGUGUUCUCAAGCCCACAGUGGCCCAGAUGGACAUGCAAAGCCCUUAGAUUUUUCUGGCACUUGCACUCUGUUGCCCCCACCCCCACCCCCACCCCCGGUUUGUUCCAGACCUCCGAGGAUGAAACGGCUUCUCUGGCUGACUGCAAGGCUUGUGGGGCCGGGGAGGCUGGGAGCAGGCAGCAGGAGUCGCUGGUGCUGAACUCUCUCUCAUAGGACGUUGCUUGGAUUUCAAAUCCACGGUAACCUGCUUCCCUCUGCCUCCCCCGCACCCUGGCCCGUGCCCUGGAGAGGCAGGAUUGCAGCCGGUCACAAUCCACUCGCUUCUGCGUGACGUUCUGACUCUCAGAGCCAACAGUCCGAUCGUGUCUCCUUCGCGGAACGUGCUAUUUCGGUCCCCACGGGGGAGCAGGCCGUGAUGGUUGGGCGUCGAAGGCCAGAAACAAGGCGCCCAGGAGUUAGGAAGAUUUGCACAUCCUUCCGAAAGGAGAGACGGAAUCGCCCUCCGUCCCCGCCUGCGCUGGGACCACGUCCUCUCACUCAGCCCAGAUGCCCCCUUGGACGAGCUGCCUAAUCGUUUGGUUCUGAGGCCUGGUUUGCUCUUAACGUACAGACUCCUCAGACCUUAAACCUUUUCCUGAGCUUUCUUUACUGCACUGGAGUUCUAACUCCCUUUGAGUUGUGUGUUAUGGGGGUGGGGGGAUUGCGGGUUUUGUUGUGUUUUUUUGUUUUUUUGUUUGGCUAAUUGGUGCAUAUUCAGGUACCACCUUUGACGUGUGGAUCUUUCUCCUGACCACCAUGGAAAGCGUCUGCCAGAUUCCAUUUUCUAAGAGUUUCUGAGGGUGAGGCUCUUACUUUUUUUUUUUUAAAGGGAGCCUGUCUACUUCCUGCACUUCAAGAAGAAUCAAAAUGUUCCUGAAUUUCAAAUACCUCAUGCAAAAUGUCUCCUGAAAUAAGGGAAAGAAAAAAACUGCAAAAUCUUAAAUGUUGAAGUUAGCAAUGCCGAAAGGUUUCUGUCUUAAAAAAAAAAAAAAAAAAUCCUGUACUUAACCAGUUUUGCCCCUCAGGCAGUCAGUUUUGUCGAGAACUGUGUUCUGCGUCUGUGCAAAAGCAACCAGAUGCGUCCCUCUCAGCGCGUCUCCCGGCGGCUUUACCUCCAGACCCUGUAGAGUUACAGUAACGUUUUUCUUUGCAGCGAAUCUCCAUUUUGAUGGAAGAUGAAUUUGGAUACUUACGUCCUUUUCUUUUUUGGAAACGAGAGGUUACAACCAAGACAGCUGAAGGAGAAUGAGACACACGCACCCACGGACACGGAGGGGCGAGGGCCACCGCGUCUCUUCUGUGUGCGGCGGCCUCUCUGGACAGGCAAGGGGAGUUGGCGCGGUUGAGGAUGAAGACGGCAGAGACGUCCACAGUACCGAGGCUGUCACUAGUUUUUCUCUGAAGUGCCUGAAGGUGGGAAUGGGCCAGUGGCUGGGACCACCCGGGCCCGGCCACGGCCACGCCAGGCAAAGCGCCAGCAGCCCUGCACUCCACGCUGGCCACGAGGGCCUUCCACGCGGAACGAUGAGACUGCAAAAAUCCGAUGUGCUUCCUUCCCCGGCGCGGUCUGCUCCUCGGAGCCGCUGCCCCCCACCCUGCACCCCUCGCCUUCCCCCACCACAGAAUCUAAGACCUUUCGGCCGCCAGCCCGGGGUGGGGGUCCUAGGCAAAAGCCUUCCGCGGACAUCAGGCCCGUGGCCUAAAGGGCUCCCAGGGCAAACUUGAUUCCCCCCAAAACUUGAAGUCGUGGAAGCUGCGGCUACACAUUCCACAAAGUGCUGGCACUUACACCCACAACCCGGAAGGCUGUUGACCGAUUCAUGUAGGGUGGUGACCUCCCAUUAUCAAACGGUGUCAUGGUUUGGAAUGUUCAUUAUCGCCGAGGACCUGGUUAGAGGCAUAAAGACCUUUUUUCACCGUUACCUAAUUUUUUUUUUCCUCUUACAAUCUUUUUUUUUUUUUUGGGUGUGUUGUACAGCAGUAUAAUUUUUCACUUAUUUAUUCCAUCAGUAGAUAUGGUUUGUACAAUGUACAAUGGUUCCAUUUCAGAAAAUAAAAAAAAAGUUCAAAUCAUGA